AUGGAUUCUAGAGACAAGCCAAGUAGCCCAAAUAUAUUCACCAUUCGGGUUGAAGGACCCCACGAAGAAGAAGGACACGAUCACAAGCAAAAGCUUCUGGGGCAGCUAACGAACAUCCCAAAGAAUGCCCAGGUCCUCCAAAUUGAAAAUGAUACUCCGUCUGAUGUUGAAUGGUCGGUUAUCGGCAGCCACUUCAGCAGUGUGAAGGAUCUACGAAUGGACACUGGUUUCAACGAAGAGUUGAAUGACGAAAGAAUCCCGUCGCAUUGGCCUAUAGAGCGUCUGUUGGUUAGCUCAGCAUGUGCAGAGGUCUUCCGCAGCCCGUUUGUGCUUGAAGGAAAAGUCAAGCAUCUCAUUCUUCUGCUGACAUCUGGUUUACGUUUUGAGGGACCGACAAGCGAAGAGCUUUACGGCGCUAAUGAUGAAGCGAUCACGAGAGGUGAUGUAAAGGAAGAGUAUAUGACUGUGAGGGAAGGUACACCAGAAGAGCGUAAAAUCACACUUGUCUACCUCCCGAAACUUGUCGGAGCAUGGAUGGAGCAGAAGUACGCAGGCCAGGAGGUCCAGGACAAUGAAUCUCAUCUAAUAAGCACACUGCCUGAUCAGAUCCCUGAUCAGAUCCAUCUAGAGGCCAUAGAAAUUCUCGAGAAUGACGCCAUUGAUACCUUUACCAGAAUGACGCUCGCUCUUCCACAUCUUGUUACAAACCUCAAAACGCUAAACAUCCGCUCGUCUCAUGGGCUUGACUUCCACUUCACUGUUGAAGAGAUGUUUCGAGAAGUCCUUCCACAACUCGCAGGACUGAAAACCCUCAUACUCACUGCUGGUGACGUUUUCCGAGAUGACCAAUUUCUUGCGCUGUUAUACACGGAAUUCCCACCCAACCUUUCCACUCUGCGAUUCAGAGGUCCCAUUUCCCUCGCUAAAUCGGAACACUGGGAGAGAUGGGUCGAGUCAUUUGGAAACCCGCAAUUUCUUCCAAACCUCAAGAAGCUGAGCUUCGUCCUUGACUUAGCCUAUGAACAAGAGAACCCUGGUAAGAAGAAAGAGGCCACGGCUCAAGAGGAGCAGCUUCGUGAGGCCAAGGCAGCUUGUCUCCAAUUAUACGCCAAUGCAGAGAAGCGAGGUAUUACCAUCGAAUCGUUUGUUGAUAAAUGGGCCGAGGAUUCCAAAAUCUUCAAGCAGGUUGAUGACCGCUGGGACCAACUGUGA